AAAUAUGUUUUAACACUUAAUUUUGCCUCUAUAAAUACCUAAACUAUGUGCUUCUCUUAGGCACACUUCUAAGCAAUGGAAUCACCAAAAGCACUGGGCUUAGGGAGUUCACUGAUGAGUGUUCAGGAGCUUGCCAAAGAGCCCAUGCUUGCCAUCCCACAACCCUACAUCCGUUCUGAAGAAGAAGAACCUUCAAUUCCCUCCCAUGGAUCUGAUUCCCUGCAAACAAUACCUGUUAUCGACAUGAAUCAAUUAGUAUUUGGCCAAACAGAUCUUGAACUAGAGAAUUUGCACUCUCUAUGCAAAGAAUGGGGCAUAUUUCAGUUGGUGAACCAUGGAGUUGAAUCUUCAGUGGUGGAGAAACUGAGAAAUGAAAUUCAAGGAUUCUACAAGCUCCCUUUGGAAGAGAAAAUGAGAUACAAGAGAAAGGAAGGUGAUGUUGAAGGGUAUGGACAAACCAUAAUCAUGCAUGAAAAUCAAACAGUUGACUGGGCCGAUAGAUUUUACAUAAUCACCAACCCUGUCCAUAGAAGGAAGGAUCACCUACUCCCAGAGCUCCCUUCAUCACUUAGGGAAAGCAUGGAGUCUUACAUCUCAGAGCUGCAAAAGCUUGCGAUGACGCUUUUAGGUUUGAUGGCGAAGGCUCUGAAGAUAGAGGAGAGAGAGAUAGAGGAGAUUUGUGAUGAUGGGAUGCAAGCAGUGAGGAUGACAUACUACCCUCCAUGUCCGCAGCCCGAAAAGGUGAUGGGCCUUACGGCCCAUUCGGACGCUACCGUCAUCACCAUACUUCUCCAAGUCAAUGGCGUCCAAGGGUUCCAAGUUAAAAGAGAUGGGAUUUGGAUUCCUGUCAAUGUCCUCCCAGAUGCCUUUGUUGUCAAUGUGGGAGAUGUCCUUGAGAUAUUCAGCAAUGGUCUCUACAAGAGCAUUGAGCACAGGGCAACUGUGAACUCGGAGAAGGAGAGAAUAUCCGUUGCUAUGUUUUUCAAUCCAAAGUUCCAGUCGGAGGUUGGACCAUCACCCACCCUUUUGAACCCGCAAAACCCUCCACUGUUCAAAAGGGUUGGAAUGGAAAAAUAUGUCAAGGAUUUCUUUUCUCGUAAGCUCGACGGGAAAUCGUUCUUAGAGCAAAUGAGGAGAUCGAGCUGAAAAAUGGAGCUGACAACACUACUAUGUGAUCGAUCAUGGUUACCAGUUGCAGUUGGAGUACUACUUGUCUAAAAAUAAAGGACAAAAUAAAAUCCUGGUGCAUGUGCUUUUGAUCAUGUCAUGUAAAUAAAGUAUCGUACGUAAGUCCUUCCUAUUCGUUUGAAUAAAGGAGCUGUCGGAUUCGGAUUUCGAUCCAAUUCGGUUCAUUGAUAGGCCUACUGCGGGGUGGUCCAAGUAAAGUCGGAGUACUUUGUAAUUUGCUCGAUCAUCGGUAGUGAUGCUACUGUUUAAUUCAUGUAAAUAUAAUGUGACAAUGUAAA